CACAGUGAACAGCUUCAGAUCCGAGGACUAGUGAUCGUUUUAUUAAUAUAUAGCUACUCAAUUUUAUUUAUAUAGUGCUUUAUACAACACAACUUGUUUAUGUUUUAAGGACACAUCAUGGCUGUUUUCAUGGCGAGAAACAAAAAAUAAUGGACUUUCCCCUUCAUAUCAACUUCAUUCAGUAAAAAUAGCGGCCCCGUUGGCAGCAGCUGCUGGUGAGCGCAGACCAACACACCGAGCAGAAGACCAGAGGGACAGACCACCGGCUCUUCAUCUUCAUCAUCAUCACCUCAGGAAUGGCUCUGGACUUUGUUGCAGGAUGUAUUGGAGGUGCCGCAGGUGUGCUGGUCGGACAUCCAUUCGACACGGUUAAGGUGCGACUGCAGGUUCAAAGUGUGGACAAGCCCUUGUACCGCGGGACGUAUCACUGCUUCCAGUCAAUCGUUCGCCAAGAAUCGAUGUUGGGCCUCUAUAAGGGCAUCGGCUCCCCAAUGAUGGGCCUGACCUUCAUCAACGCCAUCGUGUUCGGCGUCCAGGGCAACGCCAUGCGCAUGUUGGCCGCAGACACGCCGCUGCAUCAGUUCCUGGCGGGCGCGGCGGCCGGACUCAUCCAGUGCGUCAUCUGCUGCCCGAUGGAGCUGGCCAAGACCCGCAUGCAGAUGCAGGGAACGGGCCAGAAGAGCCCGUCCAGGAAGCUCUACAAGAACUCUCUGGACUGUCUGGUCCGCAUCUACCGUAAGGAGGGAAUCCGAGGAAUCAACCGAGGAAUGGUGACCACCGUCAUCCGCGAGACACCCGGCUUCGGCAUCUACUUCCUCACCUACGACACGCUGACGCGAUCGCUGCGCUGCGAACCCGACGAUGGCUACAUCAUUCCCAAGCUGCUCCUUGCGGGCGGCAUGUCAGGAAUCGCAUCCUGGCUCUCCACCUAUCCCGUGGACGUCAUCAAGUCGCGCCUCCAGGCGGAUGGCGUGGGCGGAGCCAACAGGUACGACGGCAUAAUGGACUGCGUCCGUCAGAGCUGGCGGCGGGAGGGAUGGAGGGUGUUCACUCGCGGCCUGACCUCGACUCUCCUGAGAGCGUUUCCUGUCAACGCCACCACCUUCGCCACCGUCACGCUCUUCCUCAUGUACAUGCGCGAGGACGAAUGCGUGAAGGACUGCGAGUCCAUGCCGACCUUGCAGCACAGCAGCCUGUGACUGAAAGACUUCAGCCAUGGAUCCUUUUGACAUGAACUUAUGAAGAGAGAAAAGGUCAAUCAGGCUGAAUAAUGAUUGAUGGACCACUGAAAUAUUGGGAUGAGAGAAAGUCUCCACUGGGUUCAAGGAUUCCCACAUUUGGCAGUGCUUUUAUCCAAGGCCACUUGCACAGUUACAUCUGAUCAGUUCUUGCUUUCCCUGGGAAUCGAAUCCAUGACCUUGGUGUUGUGAGCGCCGCGAUCUACUGUUUGAGCUAAAGAUCAUCAUCCAUAGAAACAUCUGACGCUGAUGAAGGAUCUACCGACGUAGAGAUGAAUCACAGGAGCUUUUGGACAGAACCACAUGUGAGAGGCUGAGCUGUGACUUAGUUCUUCUGUCCUGUUCUCACGCUGUCAGAAAAAAUGUGCAAAAAAUAAUUCCUAUAAAUGAUGCAACAGCUUGUCAUCUGGAGCAUUACUGUCGAAGGGGCACCUUUGUACCUUACUCAUAGUAGUACCUUAAGGGCAAGCAUUGCAUUACAGACCUCUACAGACACGUUGGUUUUACACUGAAACAGUGAUAAUGUUCACUUCCACAAUGUCACGCAUUUCCAAGAUGUUCGACAAGACAAAUCAUUACAUUAUAUAGCUGAAAACCAUUUCACUUCCACACAUUUCCAGGUUCACAUCAGUACCUUCUAGAGUAGUAAUAUUUACCUUAUUUCCCUCUAAAAAGGUUCAUAGUAGUACCUGGAGGGUGCUCAGGUACUACUUUUAGAGGUAAAUGUAUGAAGUUGACAAGCUGUUGCAUCCCUCAAGAUACACGUUUUGCACAUUUUUUCCCAAUCUUGAUUAUUACUCUCAAGUGUUUCUUCACGGGUACAAAAUUUGAGACUUUCCCUUUCAACAUAAAAGUAAAUCUUUAAAUGCCAAGAUCUGUAAAAAGUGUUGCUGCUGAGACUCUCAGACCUGAAGAUUGUCCAAGAAAUGGUCCUAACAUGUUUACAUACAUAUUUUCUAAUGGUUAUUUAAUCUUUACAUGCACCUUAAAUGUGACUCGUUCCUGACAUGACUGUAAUUAACAUAUUCCUGAUGUAUAUUUGCAUAAUUUGUUUUGUUCUCUAGUAUUAUUGUGAAUGUAAAUAGUAUGAGGGGAUUAGCAGAUGGAUUGUUGAUGACUGUUUGAUUGAUUGUCAGUGUUUUUACUUCAUGAAUGUCAAGGGAACACGUGUUACACACGGAUCAGCAGUCACGCUUCAACAUUAAAUAAAUGAAUAUGGAAACAAAUUCAGGAA